GCCGGUUUUGGCCUUCCCAUGGUAGUGAGGAAAAAAAAACAAAAAUUGCAUGGUUUUGGAUCUUAAAAAGAAUUUAAUUUAAAUGGACGAGGAAAAUGUUGAUGUGGAAAAGUUGUUGGGUGUCGUCCCGGAUUAUAUGAAAAAGGUUAAAUGCGACACAUCGCGACGAACCGGACCAUUUAAAUGCGCGGUGAAAUCGUGCAAGAACAGAUUCGUUAGUUUCGAUCUGCAUCAGCGCUCGCCUUACAAGUUUCACAACUUUCCGACCAAUGCGGAAUCAGCAGCCGAAUGGAUUAAGAGAUGCAAGGUUCCACUGGGAGUCAACACUAAUCUCUUAAAGGUGUGUUCUGAUCACUUUGAUCUGGACGAUUACCUACGAAACUACAAAGAAGAAAUCUUCAACCCAAGGUUCAAAAGAGAACUCAAACCUAAAGCCGUGCCGCACAAAAAACUAGGCAACCCUACAGAUAGAGUUACGCUCGAUGAUUUUGAGUUGGAAUGUGCCCCUGCCCAAGAUCAUGAUACCCCCCUAGUGGAAGACACUAACAAACAAGCAGAAAGUUUGCCGGAGCAACUGGAGUCUUGUCAAAACGAAGUCAUUACCCUGACGACCGAAGUGAAAAAGUUGAAAAAGUAUCUGGCAACCGUCAAGGCCGUUAUAAAGAGGAAAAGUGCAAACAUAAACAAGUACAGGCAGAUUGAGAAAGCCGAGUACUUAUCCAGGAGGAAGAUAUUCACGAAAGCACAGUUUAGAGUGUUGCUGGGCAUGAAAGCGGUGUGGAGCGACAAUGAUUUCGCACAGGCUUUCAGCCUCAGGCACAUUGGCGGGAAACAGUGCUAUUUGUACUUGAAAAACACCCUCGGCUGGCCCUUGCCAUCCUUGAGUUCUGUGCAAAUGUGGGCAGGGUCUCAUUUUUAA